AUGUCGUUUGCGAAGUAUAGUCUGGAGAAGAUCCUAGAACUGGUGCCUGUGACGUCGACGAGGUUUGUUACUAGAUACUUGCCCAGUGCGCCAGUUGGCGCCCGUGGUACAUUUGGUGGUACGUUAGUGGCGCAGUCUUUGCUUGCGUCCUUGCACACAGUGCCUGUGAAUUUCCAUCCCACCUCGCUGCAUUGCUAUUUCAUCAAUGGUGGAGAUCCGAGGUCGAUGAUUACAUAUGAAGUGAAAGAUCUCAGAAACGGUAAGAACUUCAUUCAUAAACAAGUGAGAGCAUAUCAGCAUGAAAAGCUCGUGUUUGCUAGUAUGAUCCUGUUUUCGGUCAAGAAGUCACAAGAGCAUGAUUCGCUACACCACCUUAAGCGUUUGAAAGAGAGCAACAAGCCAGAGAUUGAGGACCUUGUUGACGCUGGUAAGUUGUUCAAGGACGAAGUUGUGGGUAAUCUUGUGAAGUUUCAAAAUAUCGCACCUGAGAAGUUCAAUAAUGUGAGCAUUUUAAACAAAUACAUUGAGUCCUUCGACGAGGGUCCUAUGGAAUACAAGUUCCCAAAAGAUUUCUUCCACUCUACCAAGGUCACAGACCAUCUAGACUACGUGGUUAAGAUCCGUCACCCAGUGCUCUCACAAGAUGACGGCGAUGCUCAAAGUCAGCAUGCUUCGAAGCACCAUUUCCAUGGCCAUGGAAAGAUACCAGAUAAGGUUACACCAGCAAACGAUCCACGUUACAACUAUGUUGCAUUUGCCUACCUGUCAGACUCCUAUAUCCUUCUCACCAUUCCUUACUUCCAUAAACUUCCACUAUAUUGUCACAAAUUUAGUGUCUCAUUGGACCAUGUAAUCCACUUCCACCAAUUGCCAAGCGUAAACGAGUGGUUAUACACAGAGAUAACUAACCCAAGGUCAAAUUUCGACAAGCACCUUGUCCAAGGUGACUAUUAUGACACCACAGGGGAAAUAGUAGCCAGUGUAUCGCAAGAAGGUUUUGUAGUCUAUGAUUCAGAGCCAAUUUUGAGGGCCAAGUUAUAA